AUGCAAAAGAUCUGUAAGCCUUCAUCUAUGGCUAUUUUGAGGAAAAGACCGCUGGUAAAGACUGAAACUGGCUCACAGUCGGAAUUCUUCGCUGAGAAGCGGACCAAGAUCAAGCAAGAGGAGGUCGUCCCCCAGCCCGUGGAUAUCGACUGGGUCAAAUCGCUACCAAACGAGAAGUACUUCGAGUGGAUCGUGGUCAGAAACGGGAAUGUUCCCGAUAGGUGGUCCAAACCGUUGGACUCCUCGAUCCUUCUCACCCCGGCCUCGACAAAGGUCCCCUACAAGUUUCAAGAAACAUACGCUAGAAUGAGGGUGCUGAGGUCCAAAAUUCUGGCACCUGUCGAUAUCGUCGGUGGGUCCUCCAUCCCAGUAACGAUUGCCUCGAAGUGCGGUCUCUCGAAAGAACUUAUAUCGCCGAGAGAUUACAGACUACAGGUACUGCUUGGCGUAAUGCUGUCAUCGCAGACAAAGGACGAGGUCACCGCCAUGGCAAUGUACAACAUAAUGCGAUAUUGCAUGGACGAACUGCAUGUCGAGCAAGGUAUGACAUUGGAGGCCGUUUUGCAAAUCAGUGAGAGCAAACUGGACGAAUUGAUUCAUUCCGUCGGGUUCCAUACAAGAAAGGCCAAAUAUGUACUGUCCACUUGUCAGAUCCUCCAAGAUCGGCAUUUGGGUGAUGUUCCAGCCACCAUAAAUGAACUGUUGGCCCUGCCCGGUGUUGGGCCCAAGAUGGCUUACUUGACGUUACAAAAGGCGUGGGGCAAAAUUGAAGGUAUAUGCGUCGACGUUCAUGUAGACCGGUUGACCAAGAUUUGGAAAUGGGUCGAUCCGCAAAAAUGCAAGAACCCAGAUCAAACAAGAAUUCAGUUACAAAAUUGGCUGCCUAGGGGUCUUUGGACGGAAAUCAACGGGUUGCUAGUCGGCUUUGGGCAAAUAAUCACGAAGUCAAGAAACGUUAGCGACCUGUCGAAAUUCCUGCCACCAAGUGACCCUAGAAAUUCCCUAGAUUGGGAUUUGCAGUCGCAAUUGUACAAGGAAAUCCAGCAAAACAUUAUGAGUUAUCCGAAAUGGGUCAAGUACCUGGAGGGAAACCCCGAAUUGGACGUGGGUGUGGCAUCUGAUGAUGAACACGAAGGGGAAACAGAUAAAGAAACUUUGGUUAAAUUGGAAGACGAUAUUCCCGUUAAAGUGGAAGACUGA